AUGCCUAGGAUAUGGGAGAUGUAUCUCAAGUUCCUGAUGCAGCAACCCCUCGUGACCUCCACCCGACACGCCUUCGACCGGGCACUCCGGGCGCUCCCCAUCACCCAACACAACAGAAUAUGGGCGCUGUACCGGCCAUUCGCAAAUUCGGCCGAGGGAAUGACGGCCGUCAAGGUCUGGCGGCGGUACAUGCAGGUCCACCCCGAGGAUGCCGAGGAUUUUAUCGAGCUGCUAGUUCAUACCGGGCUUUACACCGAGGCCGUCAACAAGUACACAGACAUCCUCAACAACCCGCGGUUCCAAAGCAAAAACGCAAAGGGACACUACGAGAUAUGGAGUGAGAUGGUCGACCUGCUGGUUGAGCAUGCGGUCGACAUAGACACGGGUCAUGAAGCAGACAUCGACGUGGAAGGUAUCAUCCGGAGCGGAAUCGAACGAUUUGGCGACCAAAGAGGGAAGCUGUGGUGUGGCCUGGCGACCUACUGGAUCCGGCGAGGCGAUUUCGAACAAGCGAGAGAUGUGUUUGAGGAGGGUAUCACUACGGUCAUGACGGUGCGAGAUUUUACGCUCGUGUUCGACUCGUACACCGAGUUUGAAGAAUCCAUCAUUGGUGCAUUAAUGGAGGUUGCUUCCAAACGAGCCGAAAAGGGCGUGGUGGACGAAGGGGCCGACUUCGAUCUCGACAUCCGCAUGAUGCGCUUCGAGCACCUCAUGGACCGCCGGCCCUUCCUCCUGAACGACGUGCUGCUCCGACAGAACCCCAACAGUGUCACCGAGUGGGAGAAGCGUGUUGCGCUAUGGGGUGAGAACAAGCAAGAGGUGGUACAGACGUACACCGACGCCAUUGCCGCCAUCCAGCCGAAGAAAGCGGUCGGCGCAUUCCACCAGCUAUGGGCCAACUAUGCCAAGUUCUACGAGAAGGGAGGAGAUUUGCGGAAUGCGCGGGUCAUUAUGGAGAAGGCAACUAAGGUCCCGUUCAAAUCAGUAGCGGAGCUCGCCGACAUGUGGAUCGAAUGGGCCGAGAUGGAGCUGCGAAAUGAGAAUUUCGACGAGGCCGUCAAGAUCAUGGCCAAGGCGACUCAAGCGCCUAAGAGGUCGACGGUAGACUAUUUCGACGAGACGCUAUCGCCACAACAACGUGUGCACAAGAGCUGGAAGCUGUGGAGCUUUUACGUUGACCUUGUGGAGAGCGUAAGCUCCCUCGACGAGACCAAGAAGGUCUACGAGAGGAUAUUUGAGCUCCGGAUUGCGACACCACAAACUGUCGUAAAUUAUGCCAACCUCCUCGAAGAGCACAAAUACUUUGAAGAAUCGUUCAAGAUCUACGAGCGCGGCCUCGAUCUCUUCAGCUACCCGGUUGCUUUUGAGCUAUGGAAUCUCUACCUCACCAAAGCGGUAGAUCGCAAGAUCGGCAUUGAGCGGCUACGAGAUCUAUUUGAGCAGGCCGUCCUGGACUGCCCGCCCAAAUUCGCCAAAGUCAUCUACCUCAUGUACGGCAAUCUUGAGGAGGAGCGCGGACUGGCGCGGCACGCCAUGCGCAUCUACGAGCGCGCUACGCGGGCGGUAUCGGACGAGGACCGGGCGGACAUGUUCAACUUCUACAUCACCAAGUCGGCCUCCAACUUCGGUCUACCGUCGACCCGCCCCAUCUACGAGCGCGCCAUCGCGACGCUGCCGGAUAACGAGGCGCGCGACAUGUGCUUGAAGUUUGCCGACAUGGAGAAGAGGCUUGGCGAAAUCGACCGCGCCAGGGCCAUCUACGGACACGCGUCACAGUUCUGCGACCCGCGGACGAAUCCGGAUUUCUGGACCAAGUGGGAGCAGUUCGAGGUGCAGCACGGCAACGAAGACACGUUCAAGGAGAUGCUGCGCAUCAAGCGCAGCGUCCAGGCGCAGUACAACACCGAUGUUAACUUCAUCGCGUCGCAGGCGCUUGCUAAGAGCCAGCUGCAGAGGCAAGACGGCGAGGGGGAGGUCGACGAGGAGGUCGCGGACGCGAUGGAGCAGCUAGAGAGGCAGGCCCGCGCGCCGGCCGGGUUUGUGGCGGCGUCCGAGGGGCUCAAGGGGAAUGUAACCAGCCAAGCGGUCGAGGUGUCGAACCCUGACGCCAUCGAUCUUGACGAUAUGGACGAAUGA